UCUGAGACUCUCACGGCCGGCAGCAGGAACCUACCGCCCACGGCCAAUCGCUUGAGGGCCUAAUUUGCAACGGCCAGAUUGGCCGUAUCAGGCUUGCGCCUCGACUUCGCCCCCAUUAGGCAAGAUAUCUUUAGCUUCCGCCACGAAACGCGCCCCAGAGUUGCUUCUAAACUCCUUUGAGUCCAGUGUGGCCGCGAACCGGGUCAGCAUCAGCUAUAAUCCAGUUGUUCGCAUUUACGGGCCCAACCACCGACAGACCGAUCAGACGACAACCUGAUUGCUAUCAUAUCUGUCCGCACAGACACUUCACGCCUGUCUUGAUACCGAACUGCUGCUUUGUACGUCUUGAGAUCCAUGCGCGAUGCAUUCGCGGAGUGAGGCCUUAUCGACAACUGAAACAAUUGUCUCUGAACAAGUCAGUGAUUGGAGGAGCUUGGGCGCUCAAGUCAACCAGUAUUCAACUUCAACUCUAACAUCACCUCGAUGUUGCGUCUCGGCGGCAAGGAUCGCUCUGGCUUUUUGCUAUUCAAGCAAAAGGGUCAAAUAAACUAUCCUGAGAAUACAGCCGACGUUCUCGCGUACCGACUCCCUGAUAUAUCACAUGUCGAUACACGAUCAUUAUCAGAUUUAUUCAACCAGUUCAGCAAGUCCGAUCAACUUGACGCACUCCCAGGAGCAGGGUCGCAACAUCGACCGUCUGCAUUAAGAAAUGUGGUCGAACCAGUUUCGGCCGAUGUCCCUGCUGCAUUCGCAGACCCUUUUAAGCCAUUGGGUAAUCAGAGCGAGCGAUUGGAUGUUAAUCUUAUCAGAAAUGACUCGACAGCGUCGUCCUGCUAUUCCCAACCAAGCCAAUUGGGAAGUGACCCUUCCCCAGCGGUCACGAGGCAUUCUUCAAGCUCCAGUUACACCCCGGAGCCUGCCUCUGCCAUAUCCACGACUGCCUCACAAAAACCCAGACCAUUGUCAAUAGUGACGCACAAGCGAACCACAUCAUCGUCGACAAGCACAACCGUGUCACGACUGCAGUCGUAUAAGAACAAACCACAGACCUCUUCGUACACCAUGCUUGUAUCAACGCCGACGAGUACACCUAAUUUGGACAAACCGCUGCCUCCUGGACCAUCAUCCUCAGUACCCGACCUCUCACUCCAGCAGCGACCUGCAGAGCUGCCUUCACAUGACUCUGCCCCCAGCGCAUUGGAGCUGCGGCGUGCCCCGUCUAGAUCGGAUGCUUCAGUGGUCGGAAGACCAGCGUCCGCCGGCCAAGCAUCCGCCAGUCACUCUGCAAUAAAACAUCCAUCAUGGUCAUCCAGAUCGGUACGAGAAGCACGACUGAGAAAAGCUGUUGAUCGAGGCCAGGAAUUGGACCGAUCACUUUCACAAGGAACCUUUCAGCCGUAUGACCCUUCUGAUUUUGAGAGAUUCAGACGACACACAGCCGAUAUCGUAACACCUGCCCCAAAAGUAGCGCCAAUUCCGAAAGCAACCAAAGCACGACGAAUGAAGAUAUUCAAACCAAUCACAGCCGCUACAGCCGAACAGGUCAUCUAUAGAAUCAUGUGUAACCUUCACAGUCUUCAGGAUCUACAAUCGACGGCGAUGGUCAGCAAAGGCUUUUAUCGUACAUUUCGCCGAAACGAGUCCAAAUUAGUAAGCAAUUUGGUUUUGCAGGCCUCCAAGCCAGCAUGGGAAUACCGUCGCAGUGUUCUCGCACUGAAAAGGUCGGACGACUUUGUUCUAAGAGAGUUUCGUCGUGACUCCAACACUUCAACUGCUCUCAAAGCGUUCAUCGUGGGUCAUUGCGGCUCUCGAUGCAAACCAGAUAUACUUGCAGGUCUCCUUGGCCAGCACCCAGAACGAACGAUUCAAGUCGACAAUGCUUUAUGGCGCAUAGGGACAUUUUGCAUUCUUUUCGGGAGCGCGAGUGGGCAGAUCGAUCCUUCGCGGACGCAAAUGGAUUGGCUUAAUGGUAGCAAAGGUGUGAGCAGCACGCAAUUGAGUGAAGGCUUCGCCAUCGGUAAUGGGAAUGGUCUUACUACUACCGAGCUCGAAGACAUGAAUGAAUUGUGGCAAUACCUCCAGAUGCUUAUUACUGGAUUUUCAGGCCGGGAACAAGAAGCAAGGCAGGCCGGCGUCUUCGACAAUUUCCUACCAGGAGCAGGCAUCACGGAGUCAGAGCACCUCGCAGAGUGGAUCGCAUACCUGCUCACUCUGGGACCUCAGAUUGUUCUAUCUCUGUCGUCUUGUUCGUUCGACCAGGCCAAGAUGUUAGGUUUGACGAAAUGGCUGGCGCCCGAGGCAGGACGAAGUCGAUCAUCAUUCUUGACCACUGCCAUUACUCAGGUCUAUCAAGAAAGACUCCUGGAGGAGGCCGCACUGAGGGCCGCACAAUUCAGGAUCCCACCUCCGCGAGCAAACCACCGGCCGACGCGGUCUUUCGACAAACCACAACUUGCUACUGGUCCGAUGCAACGGGCAACGGUAGGCCCGUCACGAGGUCUUCGAAUUGAUACAUCUGCAAUGAGGCGACCGAUUUCUGUCAACGCACUUGCUGAUGCUCGGUUCGACAUUCGUCCAGACUGUGAUCUGGCUAACAACAUGACCAGCCCACGCACGGAAAUGUUUCCGGCUUUUGCUACAGCUGAUCCUAACAUGUUCUACGCUCUGGGAAUGACAUCAAAAGCAAGCACAAAACUUGGUGCCACAUUGUUCCCCAUCGACUACGCGAACCCAGGACCACGUGUACCGUUUCCGGCGGCUGAACCGUCUGCAGCGCCGAAGUCUGAAGUGAUAGACCCAGUCGAUAAGGCAAUGACAUAUUUGGUGCACGAAAUGGGAUUUGCUGAAGCUCGGGCACGGAAAGCUCUUGCCAUGUGUGACAGUGGAUCCGGUAUCAAUCUGGAGAAAGCAAUUGAGCUCCUGACUGUGGAUGCGAAGGACUCGAAAGACUUCUCUACGCCUGUGGAACUUCCUGCACCAGCGGUUCAAUUUCCUACACCGUCAGUGCCAGCCAGUCCAGCCAAGCUCAGAAAACAGCCAAAAGACUUUUGCGAUGGACAUUGCCCUCGGACCUCGACAAGCAUGCAUUCAAGGAAGAAGUCAACGGGAACGACGGGGACAUCAACCGACGUUGAGAUCAGUCCGGUGUCAGCGCGGGACGAUGCCGAAUGGCAAGACACAAUUUCUCCUCUGGUCACGCCAAAACCACUAGCAUCCCGAUCUGGUACAAGGUUGAGUAGAGGCCCAAGCAAGGGGGCGAAGGCAUGGAAGGUCUUGGGCAUCGAUAAUACUCCGAAGAGACAGAAUUCGGUGCUUCGAAUUGAUGAAUACCAAGCAAAAGUUGAGCGAAGAAAAACCAUGCGCGCUGCCGAGGAGCCACAGACACCAAGAGUCAAAGACGGUCUCAGCAAAAACCUGCUGGGUCUAGGCUUGGGCAUUGCAAGCAACGCCGGAGCCAAAUCUGCCGAAGAACGAUUGGAACGUGCUCGGGAAGAAGAAAGACGCAAGAAGGAAAAAUAUGGUGGGAGCAUGCUUCGAUAUGCGUGAUUUCGAUUUGAGUCGCGACAGACUCUGCAUUUGAUGAUGUGAUGCGAAACGAGGCCACGAAUCUCUCCAACCCGGAAGG